AUGUUGAUCAAGGAAUACAGGAUCGUGAUGCCUUUGUCUCUGCAGGAAUAUCAGAUAGGCCAGCUGUACACGACGAUUGAAGCGUCCAAGCUCGAAACGGGAGGUGGUGAGGGCAUCGAAGUGCUUGUCGACGAGCCUUUUGAAGGCAUCCCUCUGUUGGGUGGUAAGUACACUUCUGGAAAUUACACGAAAAAACGGUACCACCUGAGCCAAAGGAUACCGUCCAAAUUGCGUUUCAUGCUACCUAAGACAAGCCUGGAGUUCGUCGAGGAGGCUUGGAACGCGUAUCCUUACUGCAAGACUCUCAUUACAAACCCGAACGGCUUUAGGAACCUGUCCAUACAAAUCGAGUCCAUGCACGUCGAAGGGUCGACGGUUGACGACAACAUUCUCCAGCUCCCUCCAGAAAUUUUGAGAGAGAGAGAAGUGGUGGAGAUAGACAUAGCUAACGACCCUUUCCCCAAGUGCAGAACCCACAACCCACAGACGUAUGUGAUGCGCAAGCGGAACCGCGGUCCCCUCGCCGCAGACUGGAUCAAGACGACGACACCGCUGAUGACUUGCGUGAAACUAGUUUCCGUCGAUUUCAGCGUUUUCGGCCUUCAGUCUCAUAUCGAAAACUUCCUUCAGGGAAUCGAGAAAAAUAUAUUCUUGAAGUUUUCGAGGCAAGUAUGGUGUUUGGCCGACGAAUGGAUUGAUCUGAACCUCGAACAAGUGCGCCAAUUAGAGCUCAAGAGUAAAUGGGAUCUGGACGAAAUGAGGACCACAGGGGCCGCCCGCGUUAAUUCGGAUUCAUCUUAA